AUGAAGUCAUCAAAAGAGGCACUGGACCGUCAAAAUCACACUCUGCGACAGCAAAUUCAAGACAUCAAGGAGAGACUAAAUGUCACAGAGGACAUGUUUCUUGCAAUAAAAACAGAAGGUCAAGCUGUGAGACAAGAGAAUGAGGAGCUCCAGCAAGAACUUAAGCGCCUGCAGGAAAAAAUCCAAAUGUCACAAAAGGCCUUGAGUCACCAAAAUGAUGCCCUGCAGAAGGAACUCCAGGAUCUCAAUAAAGAGUAUGAAAAUGUAAAUAUCUUAGGAGACCAGUGUAAGGAACGUAUGUCUCGCAUGGAGGCUUUGAAGAAAGAAAACGACAAUUUGCAACAGCAAAUCCAGGUCGUCAACAGACAGCUCCAAAUCAAGAAAACUUUAAAAGCAGGAUAUAAAGAACUGGAAGCUGAGGAGAAAGCCAUUCAGGCACAAAGCAAAGUCCUGAUUAAAACACACAGUGAGCUCUUCAAAAAGCUUUUAAAUGAAGAAGACUGGACUUACAAGUGUGACAUGCUGAAGGAGCAGGUGGAUGCCUUGAAACAAAAAAAUGAGAGAAUGGCUAAUGAAAUUCAGAUUUUCAAAGAGCAGUUGGAAAAUCUGAGGGCUUCUAAGGCAAAUCAUAAGUCACUGAAGGCAGAGAACAGGGCUCUCAUUGACCAAAACAGCAUUCUACAAAAAGAACUUCAGAAGCUGGGGAAGCAGCUUUCAAAGGAGCAAGCCUUAGUAGAAAAGAUUAAUGCAAUGAAAGAAAAGAAUGAUGCCCUGGAAGAAGAAAACAAUCUCCUGUACAGCAAGACUGAUGCAGUCUACUGCUCACUCCAAGGUGAAAAAGUUAUUGGCAUCACCUAUGAUUCAAUGAAACUGACGAAAAAUGCCUUGAGCAAGCAGAAUGAAGCUCUACAUAAACAACUCCAGAAGCUUCGUAAAAAACUGAAAUAAGAAAAAGCUUUGGAGGAGAGGUGUACAACAAUGGAGGCAACAAAAGAUGAACUCCACAGACAAAAUGACGCAUUAGAAGAAGAAAUCCAAGAGCUGAGUGAACAGCUUUAAAGAGCUCUGGAAAGCUGAGGCCUGAUAGGGUGGUAACACUUUUAACACCAGCUUCAACUGAGAGCGGUGUCUGCUAGUUAUUUAACAAAUUUGAAUGAUAGCCUUUGGUAACAUUAAAGUAAACAAAUUGAUCAAUUAGGCAAUACAUUUUACUAAAUUACAUGACCUGGCAGACAUGUCAUGUAAUUUAGUAAAGCUAAUAAAUGAAUCAAUCUGGCAAAAUAUUUUACUAAAUUACAUGACCUGGCAGACAUGUCAUGUAAUUUAGUAAUAUGAGAGCAAAUAAACAAAUUAAUCAAUUAGGCAAUAUGCUCUACUAAAGUACAUGACAGACAUGUAAUUUAAUGACAGCUUCAGUGAAUUAUAGGUGACAGACAUGUUGUAAUUUAGUAGAGCAAAUAAGCAAAUUAAUUAGGCAGUAGGGCAGCACAGCGCCACAGUGGUUAGCACUGUUGCGUCACAGCAAAAAGGUUCCGGGUUCGAGCCUUUCUGUGUGG